GGAAUGAGCCUCCCUGGACUUACCCCUUCUGCUCAUAGUUGUGUUUCAUCUCAACUUCUGAGGCUCAGCAUCUAUCUACUACUCAGCCUCCCUGACUCGAGAGGAAAAGCCAUCUGGACCGCCCACCUGAAUAUAACCUUUCAGGUGGGCAAUCGGAUCAUAUCAGAAUUAGGAGAGAGUGGAGUGUUCGGGAAUCAUUCACCUCUGGAAAGGGUGUCUGGUGCAGUGGCCCUUCCUGAAGGAUGGAAUCAGAACGCUUGUAAUCCUAUGACCAAUUUCAGCAGGCCAGAACAGGCAGAGACCUGGCUGGCCCUCAUUGAACGAGGAGGCUGUACGUUUACCCACAAAAUCAACGUGGCAGCAGAGAAGGGAGCAAAUGGGGUGAUCAUCUAUAACUAUCCAGGUACCGGCAACAAAGUGUUCCCCAUGUCCCACCAGGGAACGGAAAACAUAGUCGCAGUGAUGAUAGGCAACUUGAAAGGCAUGGAGCUUUUGCAUUUGAUUCAGAAAGGUGUGUACGUGACCAUCAUAAUUGAAGUGGGCAGAAUGCACAUGCCUUGGCUGAGCCACUAUGUCCUGUCUCUGUUUACCUUCCUGGCGGCUUCCGUUGCUUACCUCUUCUUGUACUGCGCGUGGAGACCCAGAGUGCCCAACUCUGCCACCCGGCGGGGAAGACCGAUCAAGGCCGACGUGAAGAGAGCCAUUAGUCAGCUCCAAGUGCGAGUGCUCAAAGAAGGUGAUAAGGAACUAGACCCAAAUGAAGACAAUUGUGUGGUUUGCUUUGACAUCUACAAGCCCGAAGAUGUAGUGUGUAUUUUAAAAUGCAAACAUUUCUUCCACAAGGCAUGCAUUUACCCUUGGCUUCUAGUCCACAGGACAUGCCCCAUGUGCAAGUGUGACAUAUUGAAGACUUAA